AUGCGCUUCACCCUGGCCCUCGCUGCCCUGGUGGCAGCCACCUCCGCCCUGCCCUCACUCCUGCAGCCCGCGGGCAAGCACGCCCUGACAACGCGCGAGGACUUUGUCGAGGACGACUUUGAGAUCCCGGCCGAGUCCGACGGCCCUGCGAAGCGGUCUGCCGGCUGGCCCGAGGAUGACUUCGAGAUCGGCGUCCCCGCUCAUCUGAGGUUCAAGGACAAGAAGGCUCGCGACGAGGGCUUCCCCGAGGACGACUUUGAGAUCACCCCGGAGGACGACGAUUGA